CUUGACAGGCAUAAAUGAUGGUGAACCCACAAAGGUUAAGCUCAUUCCUCAUCAUGUGGAGCUUGAGAAAAGUACCACCAAAGCGUCUUAAGCUCAGACCUUUGUUAAAGGAAAGACCACCUUCAUAUCAUCAGCAGUAUGUCGAGAGAUACCAACAGCUUCAUAGAAACAUUCAGUGGCUUGUAAUCAUCUCCAUCUUGGCCAACACCGCACCCAUAUCUCUUCUGCCAGGCUGUCCUAAUAGAUUCUAUAGAUUGCUUCAUCUCUGUUGGAUGAUCCUUUGGUAUGGCUGCUUUGCCGUGGCCUCAUACUGGGAAUUCAUGCACAACACCAUCCGAAGAGCUUCCCUGGAUCGCUAUUUGAAUGCCAUAGAAUCUGUAGUGUAUAUAAUCCAUAUCUUUGUCAUCAUGCUCUUUACAUGGCACUGGAGAAACUGGAUACCAAAAGUGUUCAAAGAGUUUGUAAAAUCCGAUUUGGAGAGAGGCUAUACCAUUAAUCGCAAUAGAAGUCGGCGGUUUGUUGCACUGCAAUUGCUUCUGGUUGGACUUUUCACCUCCUUCGCCUUUAUCUUAGCUUUGUGGAGCCAAAAAUUUGAGAUCUAUAAGUCGAUCCUGAAUAUCAUAUGUUAUGUGAUGCCAAAUAUCAUCAGCAGCUUAUCCUUUAUUCAGUACUACCUUCUCCUUCAAGGUAUUGCCUGGCGGCAGGGGAAGGUCACCGAAAACCUGGAGCGGGAGUUAUUCAACUUGAUAAAUCCUCGCAAAUCAGAGAUUCAGAAAUUCCGUCUCCACCACGCUGAAUUGAUGUACUUCACCUGGCUGGUGAAUCGAACUUUUCAAUGGUCUAUUGUACUCCUUUUCGUGGGUUGUUUCUUAAACUUUAACUUGGUAUUAUUUUUGGUGUACCAGGGAGUAGAGAAUCCGGAUGUGGGCGACUGGUCCAAGUGGCUUUAUAUGCUCCUCUGGCUGGCCAUGCACUUGGGUAAGGUGUUUAGUAUCCUUUACUUUAACCAAAAGGUUCAGGAUGAGCAAUCCAGAUGUUUGGGCAUAGUAAAUGGCGUGUCCUUUUCAGAAUGUGAUCUUCAGGAGACCAUCAACCACUUUGCUCUGCAGUUGAAAACGGAUGUGAGACAGCAUGUAGUGGGAGGUCUCAUGGAAUUAAAUUUAAAGUUCCUGACAGCUUUGCUAGUGGCCUCUGCAGACUUUUUUAUCUUCCUGCUGCAAUAUGAUGUCACCUACGAGGCUUUAUCUAAAUCGGCUAAGGGAAAUGUUACCAAAACCUAAGGGAAUGUUUAUAAUUUAACAAACUUUUUUUCUGAUAAUCUUGAAGAAAUUAUGUUUAACAAGAAAGGAAGUUAAC